AUGUCUAUGCAGGACAAUGCCAUAGCUACGAAAGUGAAAGAUGAAGCGCUCCAAAACACAUUGACCAGUUUGAUAUUUGUGCUGGACAAUAAACUCAUUGCUAAGAUAAGCAAUCUUCAACGGAAGCUGGACGUCCUCGAGCGCACGAUUCAGGAUGAAAAUGAUGCUGUGAGAAGAAGAGAUGAAAGUCUGCAGAGCAAGAUAAACGCUAUGGAGAUUAGCUUGAAGACAAGAAGCGAUACCCUGAUGGAAGUUCUGUUGGGCAUGAAGACAGCAAUGACUACUGCAGCGAGCAUGUUGAAGAUGAAUUCAACGAGCAUCCAUUUGAAGCUAAAAGAAUCAGUCAACCAACAGAAGCAACAAGAUGAAGGCGCUAAGAUCUUCCCCCAGACUACCCUACCGGUGAUCUAUCAGUCAUGCAUGGAGGAGCCUACAAAAGUGUCUGGCAAAUAUGCAAUUCAACUUCAGAAAGAAAGUCAAAAACUAAUUUCAGUGUAUUGUGAACAAAGUGCGCAUGGCGGUGGGUGGAUCGUGUUUCAGCAUAGGUUUAAUGGCAAAGAGGAUUUUUACCGCAAUUGGGCUGACUAUCGUGAUGGAUUUGGUAGCUUAGACGGCGAGUUCUGGUUAGGGUUGGAGAGCCUUCACCAGCUCACCUCAUCCCGGAAGCAUGAGCUAAUGGUGGAGGUGAAUGAUACACGUGGCAAUUAUGGAUACGCACGCUACGACCAUUUCGAGAUCGGUGACGAAAGUGAGAAAUUCAAACUAAAGAUUGUUGGCCGUUCUAAAGGAACGGCACGAGAUACUUUGAAGCAGCGGUUGGGAGACAAAUUUACAACUAAAGAUGAGGACAAUGAUUGA